ACGACUCCAUUUUCCGCGAAUUUACACCCUACCCGUCACUGUUGAGCCGGUUGAGCCGUCCUGGCAGCUUGAUGCAUGUGCCUUUAUACUUGCUUUUAUAAUAUAACUUCGAACGUAUAAGGAAUGCUUAUCAUACAUAUAAUUCAAUAAUAUUCAACAAAAUGUGUAGUGAAACAGUACUCGAACAAGUAUUCAUGACCAUUGAUAAUAGUACGAAGAAAUUUGAUAAUUUUCUCAGUGUUCAAAAUGACGUAGCGGCAAUACUCAAGACCGCAAUAAAGCAGCUUCAUGAUUUGACAAAAUCAGAAACGAAAAGAAAGAACAACGCGCUACCAGAGCUUAUAGUGCAAGAUUUUGACGAGGAGCAAAUCUGGCAGCAACUAGAGCUCCUAAAUGACGGAGAACUCGCACAUUUUUUGGGUGGAGUUUUAAGACUUGUAGCACGCCAAAAUAAAUUGGUACUACCGGUAAGUCUAGUUCCCAAGAAAAAAGAAACGGCAGAAAAUGAAGGUGAAAGGAAAAAAGAUUGUGGGGACAAAUGCGACUAUGUGGAUUCAGAGAAGAGUGAUGUAGAGAUGGACUGUGACGUGGACUUUGGCGACAAGCGCAAAAGAAAGAAAAGAGAAGAGAAAAAGCUAGUAACGCGUCCUUCCAUGGUCGACGACCAAUUUUUCAAACUCGAGGAACUAGACAAGUAUUUAAGCAAAGAGGAUGAGAAGGAACGUGCCCAAAGAGAAGAGUCGAGCAGAGAUUCGGACGAAGAAUCUGUGGAACUUUUUGAGCCAGAUUCGGAUGAUGAGGAAGAAGAGAUCUAUAGCGAGGACGGAAGGAUGAUGAAAUAUGCAGAUUUCUUUGAUAAUCCGGACAGCGGUGAGGAGACGGAGAAAUAGAAAGGACAUCCAGAAUCGCAAGCAUAUAAAGAAGAUAAAGAAACCAAAGAAUUUGAAGAAGAGAUGAAAUUGGACAGUACGAAUGAAAUGUUGGCAAAGAAAGAAGAGAAACAAGUAAAAUUCAAUUUAACCAUUGACUCUGAUGAGACAGACAGUUUGAAAAUAGGUAAAGAUGACAUAAGUGAGAUGGGGAACGAAUCGAGUCUGGAAAAACGACAGGAAAGAUUGCGGAUGCGUAUAAAAGAAUUGGAGAGACAAGCGAUAUCGGAAAGACCUUGGCAAUGGAAGGGUGAAGUUGCGGGACCAAAUCGACCUCAAAAUUCAUUGCUUGAAGAAUACGUUGAGUUUGACAUAAUGUCCAGGCCAGUGCCUGUAAUAACUGAACAAACAACCCUCAAACUGGAGGACAUUAUUCUACAACGUAUUCAGGACAAAGCAUGGGACGAUGUGGAGAGAAAAUUCAAACCCGUAGAAACACCUUUCGAGUACAAAAAAAAAUUGGUAAUGGAUCAGGAAAAGAGUAAAAAAAGUUUGGCCCAGAUAUACGAAGAUUCUUACAUCAAGCAGAGAGACGCAGCCAUUGAUCCUGAUAACACUGAAGAACGUGAAGCGGAAGAGCCCAAGGAACAUGUUGAAAUAAGAGAGAUGAUGCAUUCGCUUUUCGCUAAGUUGGAUUCUCUUUCGAAUUUCCAUUACACCCCAAAACAGGCUCAACCGGAGAUCAAGAUCGUCAGUAACUUGCCAGCAGUCAAUAUGGAAGAAGUUGCUCCCGUAGCGACGACAGACGCGACGCUUCUCGCACCUGAAGAAAUAAAACCCAAACCUCGAGGUGAACUGAUGGGUAGAGGAGAGAGAACGAGCACGGACAUGAAGCGCGAGAGACGAAAGAAAAAGUUAAAACAGCGGACGCACCAAAAAGCGAGUGAGAAAAAAGAGGCGAAUUUGGCAGAAAAGCUCAAAGCCAGCGGUAAAAAGUACAGGAAGGGUGAGGCUGCAGCGGUGAUAAAUAAGCUGAUGAAAGCUCGCAACAUCGUAAAGAUCGACGAGACGAACAGCAAAGCGCCAAAAUCUUCGACCGCUUUCUUUGCUCAACUUCAGGAUCAAGUAGCAAGUCGGAUUAAAACUAAGACCGGAAAUACCUUCAAAAAGAAGCGAGGUAAAAAUGCACAUUCGGCAGUUAAAUUGAAGUUGUAAAUUAUGUACAGAGGCCAAUAAAAAAAGAUUGUUUUUGUUUCUA